UAAUUCUGAUAUUUAUUUUAAUAAAAAUUGACAAUUCGUUUUGAAAGUGAAUUGGUAUAAUAGUGUGCGUGCUAAUAAGACAAUUUUCGCAUAUAUUAUAAACAUAUUAAUUAAAAUCGCGUUAAAAGUCGAGCUGAGAAGUGAUACCUAGUUUUUGUAUGUUCCGCCAUCAUUAAUAGGCGGCGUUAGCAUUUCAAAAUAAAUUUUUUUUUAAUUUAUUAAGUUUUAAAAUUUAAUUUUUAAAUAGUUAUCUGAAAUCAAUGUGCUAAUUUUUAGAAUGUUAGAAAUAUUAAAAUUUUGUUUUCAAUUGAAAAAUGACAUUUAGAACAUGUAUUUUGGUACAAUAUCUUCGUAAAUGUCGUGAUGAUAAAUAGCCUAUACAGAAAAAAUUUCGGUGAAAAAAAAAACUGAAUAUAUUUUUUAAGUAAUUACAAUUUUGUCCAUUUACAAAGUAAAUCGCCUAUAUUUAAAAAUUUGGUGUUUAAACAAUUCAUUUUAAUAAAAAAUAUAAAAGAUACAAAAAUUUUCACGAAAGUUUUGAUUUUGCACUUUAUUGGACCUCGCCCGACAGAUGAAACUUUCAAUAGUGAAACAUAAUUAUUAAUUUCUACAAAAAUAAUAGACAAAAAUAUUUUAUUUUCGAUUGUUAUAACUUAUAUAUACAUCUAAUUAUAUCUAUUACAUACAUAUAUAUGUAUUUAUGCAUAUAACAUAUACAUAUAUGUAUAUAUGUAUAUAUAUAUGUAUAUAUACGUAAAUAUAUGCACAUAUAUAUAUAUAUGGUUGCACUGAAAAAAUUUAAUAUUAAAUAAAAUUCCUGGUCGAAUAAAAAGAAUUAAUAUUAAAAAAUAAAUCAGUAAUAAUAACAAAUAUAAAAUAAUAAAAAAAAUUAAGAAUAACGCCGUAUAAAUAAAAACUUCACAAACUAUUUAUUAUGGAGUGUUGUUUAUCUGAGGAAGCCAAAGAGCAGAAGCGUAUUAAUCAGGAAAUAGAAAGGCAGUUACGCAAAGACAAAAGAGAUGCAAGAAGAGAACUUAAGCUGCUUUUGCUAGGCACUGGUGAAUCUGGAAAAUCCACAUUUAUUAAACAAAUGCGAAUCAUCCAUGGGGCUGGUUAUUCUGACGAUGACAAAAAAGGUUACGUUAAAAUAGUUUUCCAGAAUAUUUUUAUGGCCAUGCAAUCUAUGAUAAGAGCUAUGGACAUGUUAAAAAUACAAUAUGGAUCUGCUGAAACUGCGGCUCAUGCGGAUCUAGUGAAAGAAAUUGAUUAUGAAACAGUCACUACAUUAGAAGAUCCUUAUAUUACAGCCAUUAAAGCUUUAUGGGCAGACAGCGGAAUUCAAGAAUGUUACGAUCGAAGAAGAGAAUACCAGUUGACUGAUUCCGCAAAAUAUUAUCUAAUGGAAAUAGAUCGAGUUGCAGGAUCAAAUUACUUACCAACCGAACAAGAUAUUUUAAGAGUGCGUAUACCAACUACUGGGAUUAUCGAAUAUCCAUUUGAUUUAGAAGAAAUACGUUUUAGUUAUUUAAGCGAUCUCGAUCGAAUAGAAGUUCCAGAUUACUUGCCAACAGAGCAAGACAUUUUACGUGCUCGAGUACCAACAACGGGGAUUUUAGAGUAUCCAUUCGAUUUAGACGGAAUGGUUUUUAGAAUGGUUGAUGUAGGUGGACAAAGAUCUGAAAGAAGAAAAUGGAUUCACUGUUUUGAAAAUGUAACAUCAAUUAUAUUUUUGGUGGCGUUAUCUGAAUAUGAUCAAAUUCUGUUCGAAUCGGAGAAUGAGAAUCGAAUGGAAGAAUCCAAAGCUUUAUUUAAAACCAUUAUUACAUACCCAUGGUUCCAGAACUCUUCGAUUAUUUUAUUUUUAAAUAAAAAAGAUUUAUUAGAAGAGAAAAUCAUGUAUUCACAUUUGGUAGAUUAUUUUCCAGAAUUCGAUGGACCCCAGCGGGAUGCUAUAGCUGCUAGAGAAUUUAUUCUUCGUAUGUUUGUAGAUCUUAAUCCUGAUUCAGAAAAAAUUAUUUAUUCUCAUUUUACUUGUGCUACAGAUACUGAAAAUAUAAGAUUUGUUUUCGCCGCUGUAAAAGAUACAAUUUUACAGUCAAAUCUUAAAGAAUACAACUUGGUCUGAGAUGGAUCUUUCGGGAGCUAACUGGUGAUGAAAUUUGUUGUCAUAUAUUCCUUUUUUACAACAUUUGUAAAUGCGUACACUUAAAUAUUAGUCAAAACACAAUACAAAUAAAAAAAAAUAGAUUAUAAUAAUUAUAAAAAAAAAUUAUUAAAAAUAAUUAAUAUAAAAUACGGUAAAAAUCAGCGACGCAAUCAAAAAAAAAAAAAUAAAAAAAAAAAUAAUUAUUAUAAAAUACAAGAAAUUUUAAUAUGUAUAAACUGAAAUAUUUCAAAUAUUUGCGUGAUGCUACUCUGAGUUUUGAUAUAAAAAAAAAAUUUAUAUAUAAUUGCUGUAGGAUGCUUAUAUAUAUUAAUAUAUGUAUGUACAAACAAAAUAAAAAAUAACACAAAAAAAAAGUAAAAAAAAAUAAGAAAACGUUUUAUUUAAGAAGUGUGUUAUGCA